AUGACAUCAAACCAAGCCGCAUGGCUUCACAAAGCCAACACUUCCCUGGAGGUAGGCGAGGCACCCAUGCCGACCGCCGGUCCCGACGAACUCGUUAUUAGAAACGUUGCUGUUGCCAUCAACCCCUUGGACACCCAUAUGCAGAAGGCCGGCGUCUUUGUUCAGCAGUGGCCCGCUAUCUUUGGUUGCGACGUGGCCGGCGAAGUCUACGAAGUCGGAUCAGAGGUGCAUGGGCGCUUCAAAAAGGGAGAUCGCAUCAUCGGACACGCGAUUAACCUAGUUAGUGGUCGACCUCAGGAUGGGGCGUAUGCUCUGUACACGGUUGUGCCGGCGAACAAAGCUGCUAUCCUCCCCGAUACCAUCUCGUUCACCGACGGGGUGGUAGUACCCUUUGCCUUGGAGGCGGCGGUAUGCACGCUCUCGCUCAAGCAGCCUGGGACCGCAAUGCCUGGCGUGGCUACACCUGCUCUCAGCUUGCCGUAUCCCUCGCUGGAGCCCACCUCUUCAAACAAAACGCUCAUCGUGUACGGCGGAUCUUCUUCCGUCGGCUCCAUGACAACCCAGCUAGCGACGGCAGCUGGUAUCAAGGUUAUAUCUAUUGCCAGCGCGCACAACUUCGACUUGUGCAAGACCUGCGGCGCGGCCGAGGUCUUCGACUACCACAACCCUUCGUUCGUCGAGAGCGUUAUCGAAGCAGUCGCCAAGUCCGGACAAGAAUUCGUAGGCAUCUUCGACGCUAUUUCCACGCCCGACACAUAUGCGAACGAUCUUGCUAUCCUCGCCAAACUAGGCGGAGGUCAUCUGGCAUGCGUUCAUCCCCCGCCCGAUAGCGUCCCGGAGAACGUAAAAGCGGGCAUGAUUUUUGCCGUGAAUGAUAUUGCCACUCCCGUUUGGAGGGACUAUGUAACGUCCGCAUUGCAGGCGGGGAAGCUCAAGUGCCUUCCACCCCCGUCCGUCGUCGGGAAGGGCUUAGAGCAGAUUCAAGAGGCGCUAAAGAAGUGCGAGACUGGUGUUAGUGCGACUAAACUUGUGGUAGAUCUUUAGUGAGCGGUAUAAUUUACAUGCCAAUUCAGCAAAUUAUUCGACAGC